UACAACUCUAUAUAUAUACCCCUCACGAGGUUCAUUAAUUCUCUCUCAAUUAUACCAUCUCGUUUUUGAAUUUUUCAGACAGUUGCUUCGAGGAAUUCCAGAAAGAAGAAGACGAUGGCGAUGGUUGACGAGUGUUACGCUGAUGAUGAAGAGGAUGAGCUGGUUGGCUUUGGAUUUAGUCCUUCAGAAGAAGAGCUCAUACGCGAUUACCUUCUGUCUAAGCUUGGCUUCGACCAAGACCAACGAAACAAGAUCUUCACAUUAGAAGACAAGGAAAACAGCUACGCAGAAAAGCCGUGGCAGCUUAAUCACACAAAGAAUGAUAUCUUUGAACCUAACGAGUGGUUUUACUUUGUGAAACGGAACCGCAAAGUAAAAGGUUGGAAAGACACUGGAGGGUUGAAAUAUGUAAAUGUCGUGUCGAGAAAGACCGGUAGAGUGAUUGGGAAGAAGAGGAAUCUCAGCUUCUACGUCAAGAGCAAACCGAGUGUUUGGACCAUGACGACUGAGUAUUCAUCUAUCGACAAAUCCUUCCGAAACCAAGUUCUCUGCCACCUCAAAGGACCAUGA